AGCGAAGAUUGCCUCCACUUGAACAUCUGGACCUCUCAAAAGGAAAUGCACUCCUCGAAGAGAGAUGGUAAGCCUGUGUUCAUUUGGAUGUAUGGGGGCGCGUGGAUUAUGGGCGCCACCAGCUGGUCAGUAAACGACAUGACUAACUUUGCGAAUGCCCAUCCCGACAUCAUUUUUGUUGCUCUCAAUUAUCGGCUCAACAUUUUUGGCUUCCCUUCCACACCAGCCAUCACGUCCACAGAUACUAAUGCAGGUCUACGAGACCAGUUCCUUGCCAUUGAAUGGAUACACAAAAACAUUGCUGCCUUUGGUGGAGACCCAAAUCGGUUGAUCCUUGGUGGUGAAUCAGCAGGCGCAGGGAGCACAAACGGCUACGUGUAUGCACACCCCACCAACUCUCUCAUCUCCGGAGCGAUCACAAUGAGCGGUCAAGCGGAACUUAUGGGCGCUAUUGCACCAUCCUAUCCCGAUUCCUUUGAGCUGACGGCGAGUGCCCUUGGGUGCCCUUUGUCGCAAGACAACUAUGCUGCACAGUUGGAUUGUGUCAAUCAGAAGAAUGCGACAGAAAUCGUAUCUGCCUUGCAACAGCAAAAUCUUACUGGAAUAUUCCCACUCAUCGACAAUCAAACCGUAUUUUCUUUGGAAGAAUACAAGGCAAGAGGAAAGGCCGGAAACUUUGCUAAAGUGCCCGUGUUGACUGGCACCCUUGAUAAUGAAGGCGACUUUUAUGCUUAUGACUCAGCAACUAAUACACUCAAUGAGACCCAGUCGGA